AUGAAGUCCUCCACUGUUCUUUCUGCUCUUCUUUCUUCUGCUGCGGCCACCUCCAGCCUGCGCGCCAGGGAUACCACCUCGCGCCAGGUGUAUCAGUUCGAGGAGGGUACAUGGGUUGAGAACCUUGCUAUUCGCCAGAACGGCAACCUGCUCGUCGACCUGGUCGACCGCCCUGAGAUCUACCAAAUAGAUCCCAACAGCAACGGCUCCUCUCCUUCGCUAGUCUACCGCUUCUCUGGUGUCACCAGUGUCUUCGGCAUCUCCGAGGUCUCCACUGAUGUCUUCACUGUCAUCACCGGCAACUUCUCGCUCUCCACCUUCGCCGCCACCCAGGACUCGUUUGGUGUCUACCAGAUCGACCUCAGCGGCAGCGAAACCGGUGUCAAGAAGGUUGCGGACCUCCCUGAAGCCGAGUUCCUGAACGGCAUGACGACUUUGAACUCCAAGUCAGUGCUCGUUUCCGACUCGCAGGCCGGUGUCGUCUACCGCGUCGACAUCGAGACCGGAGAAUACGAGCUCGUGCUCGACGACGAGACCAUGAAGCCCCCGUCGUCGGCCUCGAUCCCGAUUGGUGUCAACGGCAUCAGGGUGCUCGGUGGCUAUCUCUACUACCAGAACCUCUUCGCGAAGCUCUUCUGCCGCGUCGCCAUCGAUUCGACCACAGGAAAGCCCACCGGCGCUUACGAGACCCUCGCCACGAACGCCUACGCCGACGACUUCGCCAUUACCGACGACGCGGUCGCAUACGCCGCGAACGGCUUCGAGAACGAGAUCCUCAAAAUCACGACCGCCGGCUCGGUCGAGAUUGUUGCAGGCUCGCUUGACUCCACUCUCGUCGAGGGUGCCACAUCAGCAGCGUUUGGAAAGACCAGCCAGGACAGCAGCGUCCUCUACGUGACCACUGGCGGCGGCCUGGCUGCCCCGAUCAACGGCACAUAUACCGAGGGUGGAAAGAUUGUUGCCUUUAACGGCCUUAUCUAA